AUGACAGUGGUAGCCAGUUAUGGCAUGGUGCUCUGCGGAAAUUCGUCAGACGAUUUGAAUCAGCGUUAUCGAGGGCGGAUCGAAAAGGUUAAAUUUGGUGUUCCAAUUAACGAAGCAUUUGCCCAUGACAUACCGGCAACGUUAUUGGUACUGUUGCUGAAAGUCAAUAAGGAAGGUCCUCAGAAGAAGGACAUAUGGCGUGCACCCGGAAACCAAGCUCAGGUUCGAAAACUGUCACACAUCAUGCAGCAUGGUCGCUUAGUGAAUAUAGCAAAUUUUAGUGUAUACACUGCAGCGUCAGUAAUAAAGAAGUUUUUAUCAAAGCUACCUGGUGGUAUUUUUGGUGUAGAAAAUGAGCAAAUUCUGUUCAAUAGCGCCUUGCAGAACACUGACUUGGAUAAGCAACGUCAGGUGUUUUACAGGAUCUUCUGUUCUCUCCCUGUGCCUUCGCAACACCUUCUUGUGCUUCUAUUUGGCACAUUUCGAACAGUUGCUGAUUCUUCUGAAACUUAUGGUACGAAGAUGAAUCCUGAUGCGAUCGCGAUAUCGGUGGCCCCUUCUCUUUUUCAUUCAUGUAUUCACGAUGGGAGACAGGUGAAAGUUGAAGAUGUACAAAGAUUCAAAUUGGCAUCAGAAGUUGUUAGAAAUAUAAUAACUUCCUUUGGCCAUACAAACCUUUUCCCACGCGAAUGCUAUGAAUUCUACGCUCGGAUCACAGGCAGAACUUUGCGAGUCGACGAGAAUUGGCUUUUCACAUUCCAAUACCCCUCAAGUGUCGCUUCAUCGGCCGCCUUCAGUGCAAUGGCUGCGAAAUGUGCAGGUGCUUAUUCACUAGCUGCACUACAUUUGGAAGGGGAUUCGUACGAGCCGGUUGUUGUGAGACGUCUUGCUGGUACUGCUGGUGCUACUGCUGCUGUUGUUGCUGCUGGAGCCGGGGAUGGAGCGAUCCAUGGAGUACAUCGGACUUGCUCAUUGAAUCGCCAUCCUUUGGCACAUACCGCUGAUCAUCCGAAACGACCCCAAACCGCAAGUCUUGGUUUUGGUGUCAGCGAUUUUGUUGACCUAAAACAAUCACUUAGCUGGACCACACAAGGCAGUGGAAGUGAACCGGUGGUUCUGGCUGAGAGUCCCUAUGAAGAACCAUCAACUCUGGCUGCUUCUAUAAGUCAUCGCUUAAGUAGCAGUGUUGGAGAGGUCCUCCAUGAAACAGGUGCCGCAGAUCUGGAGUCAUGUGAAUCAGACCUUUUGCGGCCUAUGACAUCUUGCGAAGGCGAUUCUUCUCGGUCAUUCACAUAUUUAGAGUGGGUUCACGAGAACCAAGCCCGGCGGAUGCGGAGCCGUAGCGAAUGGUUAGUUCAUAAGCCGGCAGCUGUUUCUUUCAUCAACAACACCGUCCAAGUCAAGUUAUGA